GAAAUUUCAAAUGGAGGAGUUAGCCAUGUACGAAGAAGAGUAUGUCGAUAAUGCUAAGAAGUAUAAGAAGGCAAAAGCAGAAAUGCAAGUUUCAAGCGACAAAAAGCUAGAGCAGGCUUUCAAAGAUAUGCAAUUCUAUAGUAAAGAAGCAAAAGCCUCAUAUGAGCAGUUUAAUCUAUCAAUCAGUGAGCUCUCAGCUAAAGAGCGGUUCAAAUUCCAGCAGAGACUAAACGAAUAUGCCAACCAAGUUGAAGAAAUGAGGAGAGAAGUGAAUAAAGCACAGGUUGAUUAUGGGUUCAUCAAGAAUAAAGAGAACCUUUUUGGUCCUAAUUGGGACCAGCCAGCUGAUAACGAGUCUUUUCAAGACCAAAGGUUGCUUAAUGAAAAUGCACCGCUUUCAGAUCAGCAGAAUAAGCUAAAUCAGGCUAUCAGGGUUGGCCAUGAGGCUGAGGUGAUUGCAAAGGACACUAAGUUCAAUCUAGCCAAAGACACUGAUAAAAUGCAGAAAAUUAGACAAAAUUUAGGCAAAGUAGAUGGAGAAAUGACAGUCUCAGAUAGGCUACUAGAUAUCAUAAAGAAGAACGAAUCACGGAACCGCUGAGUUCUUUAUAGCGUCGCCUUCACUAUUGUGGGAGCUAUACUGCUCCUUGUAUUUUUGAGGAUAUUUAAGAAGCAUUAUUAAA